AUGGCAACCCCCGCGAAAAUCUACGACGUGCUCAUCAUCGGCGCUGGCCCAGCAGGCCUAUCAACUGCUCUUGGUCUUGCUCGUCAAACCUAUUCUGCCCUUGUCUUCGACUCGCAGCAGUAUCGAAACUCCUACGCUCAGCACAUGCACAACGUUGUGACCUGGGACCACCAGCAUCCAGCAGAGUUUCGUGCCGCUGCGAGAGAGAACCUCCAAUCUAGAUAUAAAAGCAUUCACUUCAAUAAUGCUACUGCUGUAUCGGCGAUCAAGAAAGAAGACGGAACAUUUGAAGUGACAGAUCAGCUGCUGAACAAGUACCAGGGCAAGAAGCUUGCUCUUGCCACCGGUGUGACCGAUUUAUUUCCUGAUAUCAAGGGGUUUGGUAAUUUAUGGGGAAAAUCAAUAUUCCACUGCUUGUUCUGUCAUGGGUUUGAACUGCGCGGUGCCGCAUCCGCUGGUGUCCUGGCUACCGGCCUCAUUUCUCAGCCAUCUAUAAUCCUGCAUAUGGCCCGUAUGGCCGCUCCGCUGGCCGGCAAACUUACUGUCUACUGCAAUGGCAACGGGGGACUGGCGGAAGAAGCGAAAAGGGAAUUCGCAGACAAACCCCUUACUAUUGAACCGAGAAAAAUAGCCUCUUUAGACCCCAAGGGGGAGCAUAUCAUUGUGCGCUUCGAAGACGGGGAUAGUAAGGAGGAAGCCUUUAUGGUUUCUGUACCCUCGGUUAGCAUUAAUGGCCCAUUCCAUGAACAACUGGGCCUUGAACUUGAUCCGAUGGGAUAUAUCAAGACGAGCUCCCCGCAUAACGAGACUAGUGUCCAAGGUGUCUUUGCUGCCGGUGACUGCGGAACCUUGAUUAAAUCAGUCCCUCAAGCAAUUGCUAUGGGAUCCUUUGCUGCUGGGGGAUUAGUUGGUCAGCUUGGAGCUGCCAGGUUCUAA